AUGUCGAGAGAAAAAUAUCUUGGCGAUGCAAGCAAGGCGGACUGGGUCUCGAGCGGGAAACCUCUUUCCAACGACGGGAAAUUGAUUUUAACGAUGCCAAAGGAGUCUGUCGGCACCCUUAUUGCCAAUAACCAUUACGUGUGGUAUGGAAAGGUUUCUGCCAAAAUGAGGACCAGUCGCGGGGCGGGCGUUGUUUCCGCCUUUAUCCUCAUGUCUGAUGUGAAAGAUGAGAUUGAUUUCGAAUUCAUCGGAGCUGAUUUGCAAACUGCCCAAACCAAUUGGUACUUCCAGGGCGUCAUUGAUUAUACCAACGGACAAAAUGUUUCCGUCGAUGGUAACACCUUUUCCCAGGAACAUACCUACGAGAUCGACUGGAAACCGGAUUCAAUUACUUGGUCCGUCGAUGGAAAGCCCAGACGUACCUUGAAGAAAAAGGAUACGCUCAACAAGAAAACUAACCAAUACCACUUCCCCCAAUCACCUUCUCGAGUUCAGCUCUCUCUCUGGCCAGGUGGACAGGCGUCCAAUGCAAAGGGUACUAUUGACUGGGCAGGUGGUCUCAUCGACUGGAAUCAUCAGGAUAUCAAAAACAAUGGUUAUUACUAUUCUAUCGUUUCUGAGGUAACCAUUGAGUGCUACGAUCCGCCUGCGGGUGCUAAGAUCGAAGGAGACAAAUCAUACAUAUACACAGACAAAGCCGGAACUGAGGACACCGUUAAGAUCACCAACAAAAAUACUGUUCUCAAGUCGCUCCUUGGCACUGGCGUCGAUAUGGACAAAGACUAUCCCCCCAAAUCCGGGACCAAAGGUGGAUCGGACCCCACUGAGACUGACACUGUCGCCGUCAUUCCCGGUUUAACUGGAGCUGGUCCGGGCACAAAUGGCCAUCCCCCAAGUGACGGAGGAAGCGAUGGCAGCGACGGUAAAAAUAACAAGCCAUCCACCGACUUCACUGCUCCUCCUAGUAAAAGCAGCUCUUCAUCCCAGAGCGAACGACUUCUAAUAGGAUCGAUAUUCGCGGUGCUCGUUGCUGCGAUGGUUUUGAUCAAUAUGUAA